GAAGUGUGCAAGGAGCAGAUGGAGAGCUUGACUCUUACAGAUGAUAGCCCUAAGUCAUCAUCAAAGAGUCCUAACGGUGAAAUAAAUUCCUAGAGAAAAAAAAUUAGAAAAGGUGGAAAGAGCACCCUCCGCACACUCAAAUCUACUAACAGUAAGAAGAAAAGAAGAAAAAAUAUGCUAAAAGCUUUAACUGGACCACAAUUUCAGCCAAAAGCACAAUUAAGAGAAAAUGAGCUGAGACUUCCACUCGGUCUGGAAUCCAGGGCCCAGCAGACUAAAUUUCACAUGCGGUUUUCAUACAAAUCCAUGUUGCACAGUCUUUUCCCAGGAAGAUCUGAAUUUUCUUCAAGUCAGUUACCUUCAUUUUCCAAGGUCCAGGCACACCUAGAGACAUCUACAAGGCCUCAACUACCAAAGGUCCAGAGACAGCAAGUAACACCUUUCAUGACCCUUGACCAUCAGGUAUUCAACCAGACUCUCAAAAGAACACAACCUGUGGCACCAAGCUGUAUGCCUCUGGCAGAGCAUGGACCCAUGAGCCCAGACGGUGAUGCUGGCCGUACAGGAAACCCACUCACAACCCUUCUGGCCCUUGGGAAAGAAGAUGGCGGUGCGGAAUGGCAUUUAUCUGGAAGUAUUUUGGAUGUGUACAGAGAUGAACAGGGCAUUUCUCCUGUUAAUAUUGGUCCUACUAGUGCUUCUUGUCCAAGUAUUCUACCCAUGAAAAAAGAAAUUGCAGAAACUGACAAUAGAGCGUUGGCGAAAGAGAGACAGAAAAAGGACAACCACAACCUCAUUGAAAGAAGAAGAAGGUAUAAUAUUAAUUACCGAAUCAAGGAACUUGGCACUCUUAUUCCAAAGUCUAAUGAUCCUGAUAUGCGCUGGAACAAAGGGACCAUUCUAAAAGCGUCCGUGGAGUACAUCAAGUGGCUACAAAAAGAACAACAGAGAGCCCGGGAGUUAGAACACCGACAGAAGAAAUUAGAGCAGGCCAACCGGCAGCUGAUGCUUCGAAUUCAGGAACUAGAAGUCCAGGCCCGCGCUCAUGGUCUGCCAAUGCUGGCUUCACUAGGCACAGUCGACCCCAGCGCCCACCUCACCAAACAGCAGACCCAGUCUGAGAAGAACUGCCUGGGCUACUGCCAACAGCUGACUCCAUCUCAGGGGACAAGCCCGGAGUUCUGUGAACAAGCUGUGGCCUUCUCUGACCCUCUGUCCCACUUCACAGAUUUAUCCUUUAGCGCUGCUUUGAAAGAGGAACAGCGCCUGGAAGGCAUGCUACUAAGUGAUACAAUAUGUCCCUUCGGGAGGGACCCACUGCUCUCCGCCAUUUCUCCCGCUGUGUCCAAAGCAAGCAGCGGAAGCAGCCUCAGUUCCGAGGAUGGCGAUGAAUUGUAAGCCACAAACAGGCUCGAGCCAUCACCCAGGAAGCAACUCCACACUGGUGCUAUGCAGUCAUGAUCUGUGUUUCAUGCAUUGUUUCCACGUAAUCCUUUGAAAGGAAUUACAUUGCCCGUGGGGGAAAUGUGAUCAGAACCAAGGGAAGAAAGAACUCAUGGGAAGAAGAAGCGUGAUGUUAAAGAGUUACUGAAGACUGCAGUAUUGCUUUCAGAUUUUCUUUUAUUUAAUUUUCCUGGAAGGUGGUACAGCUUAAAAUGGCCCUAGUGUGCUACCUUCAGAGCAGUGACGUGAUAAGAUAUUAUUGGAGCUACAGUCCUUAAAGAGUCUGCAACCUCAGUCUUUUCUUACUUCCGUAUUCCGUGUCACCUUCUACAACAUCAUUUUUUUAAAGAAUCGAGACUAACAUUCGGCGAUAAUUUCUUUUCCAUGGUCUGGUGGACAUAUUAUGUAUUGUUGAACCCCUGUCAGGAAAUAAAGUAUAAAAUAUAUUUUUUUGUCACUUAAACUUGAAACUCAAGUCUGGAAUAAACAUGGCAACUUUUCAAAAUAGAACAAAGAACAUUUCCAAAAAUGUCAUUUUCUAAAAUUAGACCCUGACUUCUUUAAUCAGUUCAGAAAGACCAAUUCUAAACAACUUCUUGCAGAUUUGUGUGUCUAUGUUCUCUUCAGAAAAGGGAACACAGUGCAGAAUCUCCUCUGGGACACGGUCCUGAGAUUUAAUGUUUUUUACACACACACACACACACACACACACACACACACACACUGUAAGGAGGGUGGACUAUUAUACUUUGGUUCAUCCCUCUGAUUAUCUGAUCAACACCAUAAACUAUAUUCCAAUUCUUUUUUUUUUUUUUUUUUGUUCUGUGAAGGAUGUGUAAUCAGUUUUAGUAACUCAAAUAUAAAAUGUCCCUAUUCUAGGAAACUGUAUCUGGUAUUUAACACUUGUAAUCAUGUCCAAUGUUAAAUAGAGAUUUUUGGUUGAUGUAUAUUAUCUCAAAAAUUGACAAGAUAUUGAACAUUAAAUUGCCAGCUGAUAAUCUGUAAGCUGGGACUACAUUUUAUUUUAUUUAAAUGUGACUAGGAGACGAAGUUCUUGCCCUGUGGUCUGGCUUUUUGUUAACAUUUAGUACAAUAUAAAUGUUUGUAUAUACAGUAUUCCAUUUGUGUUUUUAUUCUUAACUUUUCUAAACUUUGGGAGUUUUAUCAGAACACAUAUUGCUCUGUCUGACAUUAUGGCUGGACCUUAAUGAAUAACCAUGACCCAACCAAUAUCGAUGAGUGAAGGCUUAAAACUGCAUUGGUCCUUGUGAAAAUGUUGAACAAAUGAGAAAUAUAUGACCUAAUUCUAGAGGAGGCACUCACCAAGACCCAAUGAAAAACAAAACUGAAGGGUGGAGGGGCACAGAAUUAAAAUCUAAACAUACGCUGUGAAGCAGAAGAGCAGAGCCAAUGGGGAUGAUUACGAAGUUGAAGGAGAAAUGCAUAGCGCAAAGUGCACAGGCUGGAAACAAGUGUGUGAGUGGGGGUUAGUGUAGGGGACCAAAUGAUCAAAGAAAAGAAGUGUGGGAAACUUCUUCAUGGGAUGUUUGAUUGACAGAUCUGUGUGCCCUUCUUCAGGGGUUACAGAGACAAGUGAAUUUAGGAUGCCAUAAUAUAAUAGAGAUAAUGUUUGUUACUAGAAUGAAAAGUAAAUAACAAGAUGUGUAAUUCUUGGGUUAGUAUUUUGUCCACAGUAUGUCAUCCAAAAAGUGUUAGGCUCUUAGGCUAACGAAGAGUGAUGAUACUCAAACUCCUCAAUGUCGACAGCCUCUUGCUUGCCGUAGAUCAGCUCUGAAUUUGGAAUGUUGGAAUAAUUUGAUUGUUUGAGAUGGAAAAAUCAUUCACAAUUUCUGGGAAUGGCCAUUAAAAUCAGAUGUGUAAGAUUAACCUAAAAUGUGCUAUUUGAAAACAUUUUUCUCAAUAUUUUUAAGAGGACAUUUAACAGUUUUAAUAAUAAUGAUGAAAGUUUUCCUCAGGGGUGAUAAUUUGAUUUGACUUUGCAAAUAAGAGGGAAAUAAAUGUUCUGUGUCCCAGGCAGAACAUACUAUUCCAAGUGGAAUAUUAUUUCUUUUGUGUUUCUGCUGUCUCAGUUUCAUUGUAUCCCAAGGCUUGCAUAUUCUAAGGUGACGCUGUUAUUCUGCCAUCAUUUUCCAUGGUCUUGAGGUAAUACUCCUGGUCCAUGGAACUGAGGUCUCAUAGCGUUGGGUAAAAUAAGAACAUCAAGCCUAGACAUAAAGUUCUAGAGAAGAGACUAAUAAAUGUAAUGUUCCCUUUAGUAUGUAUGAUUCCAGGGAAUUACAAAGUGGAUAAGGACACUUUUAAGACAGCGUAGGGUAUUGCUAUGGCCCCUGUCGACCAAAAUAAUUUAAAAAUUUUAAAUAGUCACUUCUAACUUUUCACAGCAUCAAGGCCUUGAGAACUUAAUGACAGCUGUUUAUUCUUUCCCCAAGAAAAUAGAGAACUAUGCAUGGACAAUAAUUUGCACAGGUCAUAAGAUUUUAAAACUCCCCAGAAUGUCUCCGUGGUUACCAAGUGAAAAGUUUCUGCAUCACAUCUGUAACUCACACACAGCUACUUAACUAUGUCUCUACUGGAACACGGGCAUGGCAGCUAAAAAUCUUAUGUAGGGGAGAAACUUCUUAACACCAACAAUAUUCCAAAUCUGAUAGUGUUGAGGUUGCAUAGGAAAGUAAAGCAUACUGAAUGGAAAAUUAUCUUUUAGAAAGUUAUCUGUUCACAAAGUAGUCCAUAUUCAAGUAACAGCCCUUACUCAACAUACUAUGUCAUUUAUGUGUUAUAGAUUCAAAAUUUAGUUUUCUGCAGACUAAAUUUUACAUAAAUUUUACAAUAAAAUUUGGCAUGAGAUAUAUAAAUUUCACAUUGAAAAUAAUAUAAACUGCAAAAAAUGUUUAUUUGAGCACCUGGAAGUCUUAGGAAGAACCUUAAGAAAAGUAAUGAAUAAAAGAAUAUUGUUGCAGGCUUUACCAAACAGAGAAAGGAAAAUCAUUUCUCAAAGAAUUCUAUCACAAAAGACUGAUUAUCAAGUCACUACUAAUAAACAAGUUGCUAAGCAUGCAAAAAAUAAUACAUGAUUUCAAUGAUGUCUUUAUUUUAGUAACUUUUUUAAAGAUAAGAUAACAUCCAAGCCAAUUUCUCCUCCCAUUUAUUAUAAGAUGUUGGAUUUCUUCUUGUGGAUUUGCAUUAAUCAGUCUUUUCCAUGUCCCAAUUAACUGACAGUGAUGAAGACCUCGGUGAUUAGAUGUAACUGUAUAGUUUUCAUUUCUUCUAAUGCCUGUUCUUUGAAAUGUCUCCCGUUUCAGUUGGAGAACACGUACACAGGACACACUUCCCCUGUUUAGGGUCUUUUCAGUGAGGCUUUCUCUGUAAAGGGGAAAAAAAAAUUCCUCUAAAAAUUGAAUUGCCCGAUGAGCUGGAGACGCCCAGAAAUAGCUAACUCUUCAGUGUUAGCCUCAUAUGUUCAUUCUCAAAUGUGACUGUACAUAAAUUGCUUCAUGGGGUUUACCUUAAAAAAAUACACAUAUUCUUUGAUUUUGUGUGCCCAUUUACCACAAGAAAUUAACUUUUAUACAAGAAAAGUCAUUUAUUUUUCUUUCAUUUAAUAUUUUAAGUAAUAUUGGGAUUUUCUUAUAUUUAGUGGUAUUAUGAAAAUACCCCUCUUUUCUUGUCCUCUUACCAAGGGCUUAACAUUUCAAUAAAUGAAUAUCAUAGCUGAAUGCUCCCAUUUUUAAGAGGACAGGUACUAUUGAUAAUAAAGACAAUGCACGAUGCAUUAUAAGCUUCAAAAAGAAAUUGAACUCAUUGAAUAUUUCUACAGGAUCUUACGUUGAUAUUUUCUUUCCUCAUGACACCUAAGAUGUGUAUGAAAACUGAAAUCCAUUCAUCAUAUUGCUGUUUUAUCAGCAUUAGAUAAACCUGAGUUUGGUGAAAACAACUGAAGCCUGAAUUUGCUUCAGUAUGGAUGUGGGACAUGUGUGUAGAUGCUACAGAGAUACAACACUCGGGGUACCCCAAGCUAUGUGUGUUCACAUGUUUGAGAUGUCAACCUGAGCUCCCGGGGACUGCCUGUACAGGGAUUUCAUCCACAGCCUCGUAAAUGAGUACUGUUGCCAUGAUAAACACUUCGUCAUUAGUCACUGCUUAAUAUUUUACUAUUUGUAUGGUUGUUAAAUUUGAAAAUAAAAAUAUUUUUAAACUGA